AUGAGUGUUAACUUUGAAUACACUAACUUGUCAUUUACGCCCAUUACAACUGUCCCCCCAGCGAGGAUACCGUUAAGUGAUGGUCAAGAAAUUGUGUUUGAAGAUUGGAUGCUUGAUUUAACUGUCGAAGAUUUUGUAAAGGCCGGUUUGAUCCCGAUAGAUAAAGCAAUAUCUCUCAUGAAGCAAUGGGAGGCCGAAGAUAGAAUGGCUGCUUCUGUAGAUUAUCACCCUCAAAUCAUCGAAAUUUUAUCAAAUCCUCACAUAUCAGCUCGUAAUCAUUGUGUAAAUUGUAAUACCACUAAAUCACCAGCUUGGAGAAGAGAUGAUCUUGGAAAACUCCUCUUUUUAAGACCCAUGGUAGGAACAGACCAACCGAUCAGAUCAAAUGUGGCACUCUUAAAUAUAAACGACCAAAAAAACAACGCAUUUGUAAGAAUUGUGGUGUUAAUGAAUCGUCUUGCUGGAGGAAAAAUGGUACUUUGUGCAACAAAUGCGGUUUACAUGAAACACAAUAUGGACAUUCAAGACCAUCAUCCUUAG